AAAGCUCCAGGGUGUGGUGGUGAAGGCUGCACAAUCACACAAGUAUCAGAGAUUCCUUGAACAUCUGCUAUGAUGCGUGCUGCUACUGCAGUGGGCACAUAGUUUGGAAGAAUUGGGGAUGCCUGAAUGAGGUGGAGGUGGGAGUGGAAAGAACGGUUCUCUGCAGGUUAGGAGACCCUCUCAGUUACCCUAAUGGAGGCAUUUCCCCUCUCUGGCCCUUGCCUUCCCCAUCUGUAAAAUGAAGACGCGGGAGUGGAACAGAUGUUUGUUUGUCUGUGGUUGAGCGUAACAUGCUCUUUGGUUUAUGCAGGCCGCACAGCAGCCAUCUAGACACACGCAAGGCAGCACAGCUGAGCUUUAGGACAUCAUGUGCUUCUGCAGUGACAACCGAAAAAAACAAAAAGUGUUUUCCUGCUCCAACCGGGCCCUCCUGUUCCCAGCCGUCCUGGGACUGUGAAUCAUGCUAUGGGGGUUACAAGUCAUGCUUCAUGAGGUCUCCCACAACUGACCUCUCCAAACCUCAGAACUGUGUCUCCAUGACACAAAAGAUGUGGGGAGUCCCAGAGAACAGCCAGAGAACCACUGAGCUGCAGUGAGGUGUUAGAGAUGCCAAACAAAUGAGAGACUCUGGGGACCUGUGGUCAGGUCAGAUCCCAGGCCCUUGGGGGUGACAGACCAAGGGAAUAACGGCCGGUCACAGCCUCAGAUGCUUUCCCAGCCAUAUGCCAAUCCUUUAAACAUUGUGCCUCCGUUUCUUCUCUAUGGAUUGAAACAUGCAAACAGAGGAAAUACCUCCAAGGAAAGAGGAUAUCUUGGUUGAGCGUGACAGUGGUAUAAAAAAUGGGCACGGGUACUCACAAACACAGUUUAUUGGAGUAUAGGAGUAAAUGUUAGCAUUGCCACACCCUGCCUUGUCCUCCCCAACCCUGACUGGCCCAGUAAGCGGAAUGAUGUUAUAAUGAUCAUACUUGCCAUUUACUGGGUACUUACUAUAAGCUAGGCAUGACUCUAAGCAUUUUACUUGUAUUAACUCAUUUAGGUUUUACCACAAUCCUAUUAGGGAGGGACUGUCAUCACCUCCAUUUUGUGGAUGAGGAAACUGAGGUCCAGAGAGAGUGACUCACCCAUGAUCACGCAGAAAGUAAGUGGCAGAGCUGUAAUUUGAAUGCAGGCACCCUGGCUCCAGGGCCUAUCCUCUGAACUUCAUUGGAAUUGGGGGGAACCAGUUUCAGAUCUUGCCUCUGUCACUUACUUUCAGGGUGACCUGGGAGAAGUGAAGUGAGAAUUUGAUAGUCACUGUUCUAGUGGAUCCCUGGAGACCUAGUACCCUUCCAACUUACUAGGGAAGCAGAAGGUGAACCUCAAGAGAUAAUGGAGACAUCUAGCAGUAAAGGCUUCGAGUUAGGUAGUUAGGAAGGGGAACUGCUCAGAAGUAUAAUUGCCUAGCACAUUAAACAACAGCAAGCCAGAUUCCACGUCUAAACCGUAUACUUUAAAUUGCUUAGUUGUGUAUACAAAGAGCUUCCUGAUUUUAUUGAUUUGCACUCUGAUUGACUGAUUGGAUGUUUCUUGCUAGUGACCCACUAUAUAGGAUCAUAUUCAAGAUUCUGGGGACCAGGACAUAGAUGUCUUUGGUGGUGGUGGUGGGCAUUAUUCUGCCUUCUAUACACAUGAGGCCCACUUUGGGAGAGAGACCUGUUGAGGCUCACACAUUGAGGCAAGGCACUACCACCACCCGGUGCUCUUGCAGCUCUGUCCCGGAGCACCCUACUAGCCCCUCUCAUGGACAGUCUCCUUUGUUAGCCUGACACACAGCAGGCACUUAGUCACUGGCAAAUAGCAAUGAUGGAUGGUAGUGCCUUAAACAGGAUGCUGGGGAUUUGGCCUGGGCUUUCUCCUCUGCUAGCUCUCUGUUGGUUUCUAAGACUCUGUAAUUGGCUGGGUCAGAUGGUACGUGCGGUCUUACACAGCUCUGGCUGUGUUCCGAUCUCUUUGAAAUAUCCUGGUGUUUUUCCAUUUUUGCGGCCACAGAGGAGCAGAUGGAAACUCAGGCAGGUCUGUAGCCUGUUAGGAAGUUUGGAGAGACAGGGGCCAGUUGGGGUGAAAUGAGAACACAGUGCUCCUUAGGGACUUUGGGACAGUGGAGAAAAGCCUGUUAUUUGAUUCAUUUCACAGUUUUGGUAGUUGUAUGUCCUGUCCAUUCCUUCGUCUGGCCCCUUUAUUUGGACCAAAGUUCCCUGGUGAAAUGACUGUGCUGGGUUGGUAAAUGUUUGAGGCUGUUACACAAUGGGAGGAGAAAUAAUACUGCUAAGAGUAAAUGUGAAGGUGGUAUGGCCUUCUCAUAAUGGACUUGGCAUGGGAAACCUGCCCCCCCUUUUAUCAGCCUCCCUGUCCUCUUCUGAGAACAGAAAGAUUCACAUCUUGGGCAACAACGCUGCUCCCCUCACCCCUGUCCCCCUUCCCCACCUCAGUGCCCAGCUCCUGAGCACAUGGUGUCAGAACUCGAAUUUGAACUUCUCAGUCCAAGCAAAUCAACAAGUGGGAACCCUAGAGGACUUCAUUCUGAAAGGCCAGUUCUCUUCUGCCUGAGUGAAGCAACAUGGAUGCAGUCAGCCAAGUCCCUAUGGAAGUCGUGCUUCCCAAGCACAUCCUGGAUAUCUGGGUUAUUGUCCUCAUCAUCCUGGCCACCAUUGUCAUCAUGACCUCGUUGUUGCUGUGCCCAGCCACUGCAGUCAUCAUCUAUCGCAUGCGGACUCAUCCAAUCCUCAGUGGGACUGUUUGAGAGCCUCCCAAGAGGGCCGGGUGAGGGAUGAUGACAGGCAUCCUGUCCCCAGCCUCUUCCUGUCUUCAGAAAAGCAGCAGGAGGGACUUUGGGACGUGGACCUGAGUUCUGGUUUUGAUUCUGCCAUGAGCCAGCUGUGUGAAUUUGUUCAAGGGACCUAACUCUCUGAGUUCCAGGUUCCUUAUCUUUCAAAUGGGGAUGGUGAUCCCUGCCCUUCCUACCUCAUAGGGGUGUGAGAACCACCUGCCUUAGUGGAUGUGAAAGCUGUCUGUGAGCAGUAAAGCUGCCACAGAUAUAAAGGUGUUAUGCUGAGUGCUGAGAAGCUUUGAAGAACCAGAGAACCUGAUUGCUGAUGAUGGCGUUAAAGGUGGUGAGGGAGAUAUUGGGGGCAGAGCAGACUUUGCCAGUGCCCCUCAGGUCAAACCAAGCCAAGAGCACCCUGUCCCCAUUCCAAGGGGCCAGCAGCACUAUGGCUCAAAGUUAUUUUCUUUAAGGUGCCAUUCCUUCAUGUUCCUUCAUGUUUUCUCAGUUUGGAAGGUGAUGGGUAGAGCUUUCCAGAACCUCCUGUAUUCCAGAAUCUCUGCCCUUGUGUAAUCUGAAGGAAGGCUGUGCCAUCUUUGGGCACUGCCAAGGGAGUUGGGGUGAUGGGCUUCUUUCUGCACUGGAGUCUCACACCUGUUAGUGUUGACACUCAAGCAGUGUUGGAAAAUGCAGAGUGACUGAGUUCCCUGCCCAGCUUUCGGGAUCUCUGGCCCCCAUCCCCUUGUGUGUGUGUGUGUGUCCCUCUGCCCAGCUCCUGCUGUAAUUAGCUCCACGUGUGCCCCCUUCACUCCCUCGCGCCAGCCCUGCAGCCAGCCUACAGCAAUUAUAUUUUAAGAGGUGUUCCCAGGCUUUUGGGACCUACUGAAACAAUGAUGGUUAUUUUAGAUGUGAUGAUUUAUAUCUAUGUAGAGCUGUUUCUGGACCACUCAAGCUCUUCAAUACCAAAAUCAGGAGCAUCUUGGGAUUUAUUAAAUUAUGUAAGAAGAUAGUACAGAUAUCGGGAUAUUAUUGUGUGAAAAUGCUGCUUUUACUUUGAUGUGAUCUCAUUGGUGUACACAACCGAUUUCCAAUAAAGUGCUAGAAUGUGCA